CAAUAACCUUUUUUAACUUAAAAAGAAAAACAGGCCCCUCUCUCUUCCUUUCUCCACCAUUGUAGUGUGUGUUUGGCUCCGCCUCUCUCCAUGUCUUCUCACAAGACUUUCAAGAUUAAGCAAUUCCUGGCCAAGAAACAAAAGCAAAAUCAUCCCAUUCCCCAGUGGAUUCGGAUGAAAACUGGUAAUAAAAUCAGGUACAACUCCAAGAGGAGACAUCGGAGAAGAACCAAGCUAGGUCUGUAAGGAAUUGAACAUGAGAUGGCACACGUAUUUAUGCUGUCUAAAGGUCACAAUCAUGUUACCAUAUCAAGCUGAAAAUGUCACCACUAUCUGGACAG